UACAGAAAGUAGCAAUAGCAUUACAAAGCCUUUCAUUCUAAAUAUCCCUGUUGUACCAAAUUUCUAUUUUCAAUAAAAAGUUCCUCUUCGAAUCACAUUGCCACCCAUUCACACAACUAUUCGGGGUAUCAAAUUAAGACCCUCGUACCCAAAAUAGACCUUGAUGGAGCAAACCUUGGACGUGGUUCAACAGGUCUUGAUGGCUGCUCAAGAAAACAACAUCGAUGCCUUUUAUGGGUUACUCGGGCAGGAUCCAUACAUUUUAGAUCGCAUAGAUACAAUCCCAUUUGUGCAGACACCUUUACACACUGCUGCAUCUGCCGGCUCAACUCACUUCGCAAGUGAAGUCCUUCGCUUGAAGCCUUCGUUUGGUAAGAAGCUCAGCCUUGAUGGUUUAAGUGCACUGGAUCUCGCGUUGCGCGGUGGACAUACUCAAACUGUAAGAGGGCUCAUCAAGCAUGACCCUCAGCUCAUUCGUGUCAAAGGAAAAAAAGGCAUUACCCCCUUGCACUAUGUUUCUGAAGCAGAGGAUAGAGCUGAUCUCCUGGCUGAGUUUUUGUACAGAUGCCCAAAAUCCAUUGAAGACUUGACAAUUGCAGGAGAGAGUGCUGUUCAUAUUGCUGUUAACAACAGCAACUUGAGAGGCUUCAAGGUACUACUAGGUUGGAUGGAAGAAACUGGCAACAAACACAUCUUGGAAUGGGAAGAUGAGAAUGGUAAUACGGUCUUACACCUUGCAGCAUCCAGCAGAAACAAUAUUGAGGCCGCGAGAUUAAUUAUUAAGCAACGGACGUUUAGGAGGGCUAUCAACUGUUGCAACGUGGCGGGUUUAACUGCACUUGAUAUUGCCUUGGGACAUCCAAAUGCAGAAGAGCAUGGAAGUAUUGCAAAAGCUUUGUGUGCUGCAGGUGCAAAAAGAUCAACAUCCCAUUCAAAAACUAUAAAUUUAGCUGAUUAUUGUGCUUUGAUUCCGGCGAGAUCAUGGCUGGGACAUUUUUCUGCGCCAAAUUACAGAUUGGUUAAAGUGCCAAAUCCUAGAAAUCCUAGUAUUAAUUCCAUGUCUGGCGAGAAACGCAGCGCGUUGCUUGUGGUGGCCGUGCUAAUCGCAACAGCAACCUAUCAAGCUAUUUUAAACCCACCUGGAGGACUAGCUUCUGGAAAUACUGAUAUAAGCACCAACUCAACUUCAAACAGCACAGAUGCAGGUUACGGGAAUCCGCAAGCAGGAUCAGCUCCAUUGUUGUUAUUCCCAAACUUUGGGGUAGGAACAGCCCAAGCGUGGGAACUUCCUUUCAUAAUUUUUAUAACGUUUAACUCAGUCCUUUUUGCGUUGUCACUCCUCACCAUUUGUUUUCUAGUUGAAGCAAAUGACACUUGGGGUAAAUUGCUGAAACCGGCAUUAGCGUAUUUUAGUAUAUGCUAUGCAAUUUCACUGUUGAUAAUAACACCAGAUCUACUAUCGGGAGGCGCUGGCGCCGUAGGAAUGCUCGUAGUGUUCUGCUGGCCUCGGGGGAUGUUGCAAGUAUCGUCAGCAACUGCAAGAGUCGUGCGUAAUGCAAUUCGAGGAGAGACAAUAAUACCACUCCCAAGGGAAACCAGUAAGACGGGAGGAUAGAGGUAAUAAGAGUAGGAGAGAAGACGCGUCCGUACAAGGAGAGAGACGAGCAAAAUCAGAAGCAAGCAGCUGUGGGGCACAUGAGGGAUCGGAUAUGAGUAACUGAGAUUAACACCUGAUGGUAAUUCAGUCAGUCUAAAGAAAAAUUGCUCUAGCAGUACAUGAAUUGCUCUGACAAUAAUAUUAAUACCCACCUUUGUAUGACCAUGUAAGGGCGUCCAGAAAAUCAUAUAUUGUUCUUAUUUUUCAUGUAUGAUCUCAUUCCAUGGUUCUCGUUUUUCA